AUGCUUCGUCUCGCCGUAGCUUCGGCUUUUGCAAGCCUUCUGGCUGUAGCCAAUGCCCACGGGGGCGCUAUGCACUACAUUAUUGACGGAGAAGUGUACACCGGCAACUGGGACGACCUCCACAAUACCGAGGGGAGCAUCCAGCGGCAGUGGAACUGGGGCGGCGUCACGAAACUAAACGACCCGUACCUGGCGUGCGGCAACAAUGGCGUGCCGCAUACCAACUCGUACUAUGCGCCCAUUGUGGCCGGCAACACCGUCACGGCAAAUUACUCCUUUGACACUGUGAGCGAGUCGAUUGGGAGGGCGUGGACCUUCGGGCACCCGUACGGUGCGAUGCUGGCUUACAUGGCCGCUUGUCCCGAGGAGGGCUGCGAACGCGUUGAUCUCAAUGCUCCCAUUUGGUUCAAAGUCUGGGAGGCCGGCCUGUUGAGCGGCACUUGGGCCAAAGGGUACUGGGCCAUGAAGGACGUGUUUGAAGGCGCCGAACUGGACAUUUCCACCCCAACGUCUCUCAAACCUGGAAAGUACAUUUUGCGCCAUGAGAUGCUUAAUCUGCAGACUGGACCCGCACAGUGGUUCCCAAACUGCAUUCAACUCGAGGUCAGCGGGUCAGGCGACAGUCUUCCAUCAGCUGAGGAUCUCGUGGCGUUCCCUGGAGCAUAUGACAAGGAUGAGGAGAAGAGUUUCACUGUCAAAGGGGGCAGCCCAUGGUUUUACGUCACUCAUGGCAAUGAUACAAAAUUUGGCAAGGAUGAUUAA